CAUUAAUACAUCAUAGAGGGGCAAUCGGCUAUACGAUACACCUCCGUGUGGCGUACUUGCAUCUAUGUAGUAUGUAGGUUAUAUAUCUUUAUAAUCAACUCAUCUCAAUCAUCUUGUGACAACUUCCCAUCUCAACUCUCUAUUAAGAAAAUGGCUACCCAACAGUCUACAGCAGCGAUUCCGAAUCUAAGAGACAAGCUUCCUAAAUUGGAACCCCGCCGUCGCCGAGCUACACCUUCAAACCCCCUUCCAUUACCAGAAACACCAGCUCUACCGCCUCCGCCGGAUCUUUCAUCUCAUUCAUUCCAGGUCCCCAGUCGACGUAUUCUAUCUACCCAGGACCACCAACUAUUCCUCUCGUCACCAUCCCAUAACCUUAUCGUCGCAUUCGUCUUUGGCCUUUCAGAUGCUGUGAUAGACACUCCUGUAUCUGCCGUCAAGGACGACGACUGUAGUUCUGCGGUAAAGUCGAUUCUUAACAUUCUUGACAAAGCAGAAGCUCUAGUUCUGGCAACGCCUCCAGAGGACGCAGAAGGAUCGAGAUUUGGAAACAAGGUUUUCCGCACCUUUCUUGACAAGGCCAAAGCCGCCAGCCCUUCUUGGCAUGAGGAGCUUGGCUUGACGUCUAAAGAUGCCAUCUCGGAGGUCGAAACUUAUCUCAAUAACUCAUUCGGCAACCGGACCCGAAUAGACUAUGGCUCAGGCCACGAGCUAAAUUUCAUAAUAUGGCUCUUAUGCUUAUACCAGCUUCAGAUUGUGAAGAAAUCCGACUUCAAGGCGCUGGUUCUGAAGGUCUUCAUCCGCUAUCUGCAGCUCAUGCAAACGAUCCAGUCGACGUAUUACCUUGAACCAGCAGGUUCUCACGGUGUCUGGGGCUUGGAUGACUACCAGUUCUUACCAUUUCUCUUCGGAGCCAGCCAGCUUCUCCACCACCCCUUUAUCACUCCAUUAGCAAUCCACCAAGAAUUGACUCUCGAAGAGUUUGGCCACGACUACAUGUAUCUAGGGCAGGUCAACUUUGUCAACAGUACCAAGACAGUCAAAGGUCUGCGCUGGCAUAGUCCAAUGCUAGACGACAUAUCUUCGGCGAAGAGCUGGACCAAGAUAGAAGGCGGCAUGAAAAGGAUGUUUGUGGCAGAGGUCCUACGAAAGUUGCCGGUGAUGCAGCAUUUCCUCUUCGGCUCACUGGUACCGGCCGUAAAAGGUAUGAGCACUGAGUCUGAAGCAGGUGUAACGGGUGAAGAGGAUGAAACUGAAGGAGGAGGUGUCGUUGUUGAGCAUGAUGGAGUGAAGCAUGUCCAUAACGCCAACAGCUGGGGCGAUUGUUGUGGUAUCAAAGUGCCGAGCGCAAUUGCAGCGGCCCAAGCGAUGAGAAAGAAUGGCGCUGGAGAACUGCGUCGGAUUCCGUUUGACUAAGUGUAUUCAGCUUUGAGGCUAUCAUGUUUAGAGGAAAAAAUUGAUACAGCACAAGACGCAAUGUCCCAAUGUGAGAUAUCUUUAAUAGAUGCCCAUAGCUUCAGGAUGCAUCACGAAAACAACAAGCGGAUGGGACAA